AAAUCCCCCUAGUGGCGCCAACUGCAAAGCAAAAGGGCCAGUAUUUGUGUUCGGGAUCUGCAGGCUAGACGCUGCGCCAGCCGUCCGUUUCGCAGCGCGCUCCCUGGCUACGCUCCUCUCAUCGUCAAGCAGUUCUUUUGAACGUAGGCUCUAAGCGCGUCUCCGUCCGUAACUACAUAUCUGGUCUCUCUCACCGCUGUUUUUUUGUGUGAAAUAUAGCCUGAAUACAGGAUUUGAAUCUGCAUUACAGUGAAGUGGCUGCUUUGAACAAUAUAAUUGAUCCAGGAGUAUACUGAAACGCCAGGGAUUUGCCGAAGAUGGUUAAAUUGGGGAGUAAUUUACAGGACAAAGGCGCCAAAGCGGCCAGUGUGGAGGACGGCUUUCAGAACGUUCCUCUCAUCACGCCCCUGGAUGUCAAUCAACUUCAGUAUCCAGCCCCAGACAAGGUCGUGGUGAAGACACGGACCGAAUAUCAGACGGAUCAGAAGAGCAAGAGUAAGAAGGCGCCGAAGGUGGAGGAGUUCACCAUCAGCUUCAGCGACGGCGUUUCUGAGAGACUCAAGGUCACCAUCCUCAUUUUCCUGGCUUUGGCGUUCCUGGCCUGUAUAGUAUUCCUGGUGGUGUACAAGGCCUUCACCUACGACCACAGCUGCCCGGACGGCUUCAUCUACAAGCACAAGCGCUGCAUCCCCGCGUCCCUGGAGGCCUACUACACGGCUCAGGACAGCAGCUCCAGGGGCCGCUUCUACACCGUCAUCAGCCACUACAGCAUGGCCAAGCAGACCACGUCCCGCUCCGUCUCCCCCUGGCUCCCGGGCGGCACCCCCCAGCACGACGCCAAGCCCCCCAACACCGAGGGCCACUGAGCCCCUCGCCCCCGAAAAACGCCCCUCUUUUUAACGGGAGAAAAAAAAACACCCCGCACACACCCACCGCACCGCUCUCUGAUUCGCUGUGCUCUCAGAGGCCGCCUCGCCCCCCCCCAUACUCUUGACUCCGCCCAUCACUUGUCUCAUGUACUGUAUUCUAUGCCCCAUCAUUUAUUUAUUUAUUUAUUUAUUUAUUGUUUUUUAAAUCUCGUAAUUUUUGCUGUUUUGUAUUUGGUAUUGGAGCAACCAAGCGUUUGUACAAAGGCAUGCAUCCGUGUGGAACUUCCGUGUCGUCUGAGUUAUUUAUUUAAUUUAUUUUUCGUAAGUUAUAUGUUUUUUGUACACGUUUUCAGUCGAAAUCUAUGUCCCUCCAAGCUGGCUUCUGGUACUUCGCACAGCAAAAGGCAUGUGAUUGUUACUACAAGGGAAGAAAUUUUCAAAUCUACUUCUUUUACAAUGAUUUUCAUGAAAUAUCUGUGAGUAGCUGUUCUUUAAUAAAAAAUAAAAAAAGAUGCAUUGUGAAUACUGGCUUUAAGCCAUUUAUGGUCAUUUUAACUUGUAACAUUUAACUGUGUAUAAAAGCUAAACAGUUAUUGUAAAUGUCACAAACUUUCUGAGUAAGACUCAAAGAAUUUUGAAAAACAAGUGAAAAAAUAUUUGAAGACUCUAACAUCUGAGCAGUUUUAACUCAGUGUACAGUCAGGUGGGCCAUGGAAGGUUUUAGACAGUUUUGCUUUGAAUAGUGAUCAAUUUUACAAUAGUAUUUUAACUCUUUUCUCAGUGGGAAAUUGUUGUAUGAAAGGUGAAAAAAAACAAAAUCAUACUUCUGGGCCCUGAAACACAAUGUGGAAACACUGAGGUUGAUCACUGUUUACUUGAACCGUGAUGUUAAAGGGUACCUGACUGCCCAAUCUUUGCUAAAGUACCGAUUUAGCAACACUUUACACUUCAUCCAAACUGGAAAAAAAAAAGUUACUUUUUCAUCAGUUAAAAAAAAAAAUUAUAUAAUUAUAUCUUUCUCAUAUUUGUGGUGUAGUUUGUCAGUAUUUAGCAAAUCCUGGUAUUUUUGAAGUGUGCUUCUUUUAGUUUUAAAACAAAUGAAAAUAAAGCAAUGUGUGUCAGAGA